CAAACGCCGAACAGCUCAGCUUCACACUCGCGAAUCGACGUGGUCGCUCAGAUACCUUCACUAAGGUCAAUUGAUAUCUGAUGGCAUCACAGCGGGCUCUGCUGCCUCUGCGCAGCUUGCUCGGCCGGCAAUGCGCCGGAGCGGUGCGCCAGCAAACAAGGGCAUCGAGCUCUAACUCCUCAUCUACCCAAGCCCUGGCAUACAAGGCUUUGCACCGCCGCAUUGCACCUCUCCCGACCGAAGACCGUCCUCCUGCCUGGUCUGCGCCGGCCGCUGUCAGCAGCAUCCUCUACGAGACUCCCACGCCUUCUCAGAAGCCCCACAAGAAACACAUCCUCAACUGCUUAGUGCAGAAUGAGCCUGGUGUGCUCUCGCGUGUCUCCGGUAUCUUGGCUGCCCGUGGUUUCAACAUCGACAGUCUCGUUGUCUGCAACACCGAGGUCGAUGACCUCUCCCGCAUGACCAUUGUCCUGCAGGGACAGGAGGGUGUUGUAGAGCAGGCCCGCCGCCAGCUCGAGGAUCUGGUUCCUGUCUGGGCUGUGCUCGAUUACACACAGUCCCCUCUUGUUCAGCGUGAACUGCUCCUUGCCAAGGUCUCUAUCCUUGGUCCUGAGUACUUCGAGGAGCUCCUCGCUCACCACCGCGAUAUGGCUUCCAACCCGGAGCUCGAGAACUUCAAUCCCGAUGAUUUGACCGAAGAGGAGCGACAGGCUUUGGCAGAGGAGGCAGCUCGGGAUUCUUUGAGGAAAGACUACCACCCAAGCAACCUUGCUGUCAGUCAAGCGCUCCGUCACAAGCACGAGCACUUGAGGGCUAUUACCUUCAUGACCCACCAGUUCAAGGGCAAGGUCCUGGAUAUCAGCACCAACAACUGUAUUGUUGAGCUCUCCGCGAAGUCAGACAGGAUCGAUUCUUUCAUGAAGCUCAUUGCUCCAUUCGGUAUCUUGGAGUCGGCGCGAACUGGUCUCAUGGCCCUUCCUCGUUCCCCCAUCCACGGCUCUGAGGAUCUUGAGACAAAGGAGGCAGAGGACAUAGUCGACACAAGCUUGUUGCCCCCCGGUUGAAUGCUUUGUUCUACAGGAGUCGAAGUGGAGGUGAACAUGUACUCUUGUGGAGACGUCUCGAUCUUUGCGUGUAAUCUAGUCAGGGUCUGGCGUUUGCCGUUGGUGAUGUGGCAUUGUAGAUUGGAUCUCCCGCAGUUACAAAGACGACGAGCGAGUCAAUGAAAUGGUGCGAUCUCUGCCAUAU